AUGAUCGCCAAGCUUCUCAUCGUCCUCUUCUACUACGCUUCCCAAACGUGGGCACUUUGCCCGACAAGAUGUUCAUGUUAUUUGGACCAUAAAGGUCGAAACGUCGUCGCCUGUAAGGAAGGGGGCUUCGUAGGGCCCUUGAAUCUCAAUAAUGUCAGUCUGAAUACGGAAAUUAUUAUGAUUACCGCACCGGAUGACAAUAUGAACUCUCUGACUAUGAGUCCUGUUUUCCAGAGCUACAAGCGGUUAGAGGAGAUUCACAUUACAAAGUCGAAUGUACCCCAAUUAGGCAUGCACUUUUUUUACGGAUUAAACAAGUUAGACGUCCUGAAUUUGUCGCAGAACAACAUAACACAACCCUUGGACCACAAUUUCCGAGGAUUAUCGCAUUUGAAGGAGUUGUAUCUCGACGACAACAGAAUUAUUUCACUGCCCAGCGGAACGUUUCGAUACUUACAUGGUCUGAGGGUGCUGUCGAUCCAGAGGAAUAGGAUCGAAGAACUGACUCCUAGGUUGUUUCUGGAAAUCAGCAAAUUGAGAGUUCUGAAACUCAACGGCAACAAUUUGAGGGAAUUAAAUCCAGAAGUUUUUAAGGAUAUUCCGGAGCUGACGUACUUAGAAUGCCGUGGCUGUGCCUUAAAAACAUUAAACAACGACAUAUUUCACCUCUUGCCCAAUUUGAUCCACCUCGAUUUAGGCAGAAACGAAUUCAGGAACGUAACCUCAAACGACUUGAAGGAUUUGCAAAGUUUACGACAUUUAAAAAUCGAUGGCAACCUGAUCACUGCCAUAGACAACUCGACGUUUAUUCAUCAAGCCGCUUUGAAGCGACUUAGUUUGGCGAAUAAUAGGAUUUCGAAAAUAUCAGCCGGAGCUUUCGCGGAAAAUCAUAACUUAACAGAACUCGAUGUGAGUUAUAAUCGAGUUAAUGAUAUGCAGUUUCUCGAACCGCUAUAUGAUAUUUUAGAAAAGCUAAUACUCAGCGGUAAUCAUCUGAGGAUGGAAUCGUUGAAGUACUUGGUGUAUUUAAGUGUUUUAAAAGAGCUGAGACUUUCCGACUGCGGUUUGGCGCAAGUAGACUUCGAAGUAAUUCCUAAGAGCGUCGUUAUUUUAGAUUUAAGCGAAAACUAUUUAUCAACGUUAGAGAAGGAGAUUUUGCCCCUUAAUCUAACCACGUUAGAUAUAUCAGGUAAUCGAUUUAGAGGUUUAGAAGAAGAUUUCCUAAUGGCUUUGGAUAAUACGCAAGAUCUAAAAUUGGAUCAUAAUUUGUGGUCGUGCGAUUUGUGUCACAUAGUCCCGAUGUUGGAACGUGCGAAUCGCAGCGAAGUUUUCCGCGAAGUUUUGUGUUCCGCUCCUUACACGGUCAAGGGUAAAAAGCUGGAACGCAUCGAUAGGAACGAUUUAACCUGGUGCAAUUCCCCGAGUUACACGGCUAACGAUGCUAAUUUCUUUUCAAUAGGCGAAGACGGUAAAGUGGGCAUCCUCGUUGCCAGCACUUCUGUUUUCCUUCUCUUUUUAACGGUCAUGGCGAUAAUUGGGGCGUUAUGUUACACAAAUCGACACGCGGCCAGAUACUACACCCACGAGGAUAAAAUUGCUACUAUCGAAGGGGAAUCGAUAUUCGGUAGUAAUCACAGUCCGUUGUUUUGCGACGGAGAACUGAAUUUCAAGUUCCCCCUAGACGGCAUCGAGGAAAAGAAAAUUUCCAUAGCUACUAUUGAUGAGAUUAAAAAGGAGCACACGAUCGCCAAUGGGACUUGA